AUGCGUGCCGAGCUCGCCAUGUUCACCGGAGGGGAUCGCAACAGACGAGAGCGACGCCCACAUUCACGGCCGUGGUAUGUGCGCAACGAAGUGGACUCAAGGCUGAAUGAGCUGCUUGCCACUGCCAACACUGGAGGAGUGUUUCUUCUGCAAGGGCCGGAGCUCUGUGGAAAAACUCAGGCGCUUUGUCGUCUCUACGACCAGGCCCCAGCAACGGUUUUCAAAAUCAUCAGGUACGGGCACCUUUUCUCUGCAAUUCCGACGAAUGUUUCG